ACUUGACAAGUGAAAGUGAUAACAUAGAAAAAGGUUAUAAUUAGUACGAUUUAAAUAAAAUUACGAGGUCGGCUACUUUGCAUAAUAACAUGUGAAAGAAUAUAAGAAAUUCGUAAAUUUUCUCACAGAGCUGUGAACAUAUGCAGAAACAUUCGUUGCAUUGCAGAAAGCACGUACGUAUCGUUAAGAGUGAGGUUAAAGCGUUAUGAUAAAUUUACAUCGAUAUAAGGUGGUGAAGAUUUUAUUGAAAUGUUGUUGGCGAACAAACAUAAAUUGGACAGUAAUUCGGUUAAAAACUGACGAGAGACACCCUACUGCCGGAAUAAUUGUAAUAGGAGAUGAAAUUCUGAAAGCGCAAGUGAAAGAUACCAAUUGUUUUUAUGCGUGUAAGCUGCUUUACAAACAUGGAGUCAAGGUUCAGAAAAUUGCGGUCGUACGAGACAACCUUGAAGAUAUUUCCAAAGAGGUAAAAUAUUUUUCCAAAAUGUUCAACUACGUUUUUACAUCUGGCGGUAUUGGCCCAACUCACGACGAUGUUACGUACGAAGCUGUAGCAUUGGCCUUUAACGACUCGUUGCAUUAUCAUCCAACAUUGGUGAAUAUCAUAGAAAAUUAUUUCAAAGCUGGAACAUUUCCCUCGCCUGCUUAUAAAAUGGCACAUAUACCGACUAAAUCUGUGCUUAGAUUUGGGACAAACGAGAUCACAGGUAAAAAGCUUACUUAUCCGUUUGUAAUGGUGGAAAAUGUUUAUAUUUUUCCUGGUUCGCCCACAUUUUUUGAAACAUCCUUUCAGACGUUAUGCAAGGAAUGUUUUGCCAAUUACAAAAGUUUUGCAGCAACCGAAGUUUACAUAAAUGCAAAAGAGGAAUCGUUUGCAGACGUUUUGUAUGCAAUUGCGCGAGAAUGUCCAAAUGUUACCUUUGGCUCGUAUCCGGAAUAUAACAGGUAUUACAAGGUGCGUGUAACGAUCGAAAGUGAAAAUGAAAAAGACACCGAAGCAGCAAAAACAAUGUUCUGUAAUCGUAUUCCGAGAGAUGUUCUGGUACAUUACGAUCGCACGCCACACAUAGACUGCACGUCAAAGUACGACGCACUGAUUCAAAGGUCCCAACGUCGAUCAGUUUAUGAGCGUUCCUUCAAGAAAUUCGUAAAUUAUUAUGAGAAACCUGAGCACGUUUGGAUAUAUUUGGACGGCAGCGAGGAGUCAGUUCUUAUGGUACAUCUUGCUCGAAUCGCUAGUGACAAACUGCGACAUUGUUCAAAGCUGCGUACAAUUUGUCUUGAAUCGGAUAUACAGAAGAUGGGUACUGAUGAAUUUAUCCAUGAGCUUAAGAACAGAUAUAAUAUCGAGAUGUAUAAAUUGGAAUGCAAGGAAAGAGACGCCGUUUGCACAAUAAGUAAUUUUGCUGCAUUAAAACCAGAAUUACGAGUGUUGCUGGUUGGAAAACGACUGAAUAGUAAGAAAGAAACGUACAAUGAUAUUGCACGAUUAAACGGCGAUUAUUCUUCGUUUGUGCAAGUACAUUUUCCUCUCAUUGAUUGGACAGACGACGACGUCAGAGAUUUCUUUAGUUGGCUCUGUUUACCUUACAAUAGAACUGAAACUUAAUAAAAUCGGUACAAGAUAGAAAAGAUAGCAAAUUAAGAAAAAGUCAGAAAAAGAUGACAAUUGUUUUGGAUUUAGGAUCGAGAUAGCUGUGAAAUUUUGUAUCUGUCGAUUGAUUCAGUAUCGAGUUAUUGUAUGACCAGUGAUCUUCCUUUAUACAAAAAGGAAAUUAAUAAAAAAGAAAUUCACGCCAAAGUUGUUCAAAAUCGUAUUAAAAUUAGAUUAUAAUCGAAAAAUUACCAGAAAUUGUUAAA